UACAUGAUUUGAAAGUUUUACAAAAACAAUGGAAGAUUAUUAAGGUCUGAGACCGGGAAAAUGGUGCCUGUUAGAAUAAGUCCUUCUAAUCGAGAAGUAGUGCCCUAUAAGAAAGGGAAUCGAUUUCUGGCGAACGAUACUUUUAUUGUUGAGUCUUAAAAACAUCAAAAAGAAAAAAUAUUAUAAAGAUGAAAGAUAUGUUUACUAAUGGACACAACAUAAAGCAAUUGGUAUAUAGUCACUGAAAAUCUUUGUUAAUAAUUGAUUGUUCUACGAUAUUCUUUCAGAAUUAGUUGCUAAUGAGUCACAAGUUUCUAAUGCUGCACCAGCUAAUAUAAGACAAAAUAUCGAAGCUAAACCUAAAGUUGAAAUCAAACCUGAAACCAAACCUGAAAUCAAACCAGAAGUCAAACCUGAGAUCAAACCAGAAAUCAAACCUGAACCUAAAAACGAAACUAUAAUUGUUAAUGAAACUGUUUCUGCAGAAUCAGUAGAUGAACCAGUGGAUGAUCGCAACUCUAUUGAUUCUCCAAAUUGUCAGGAAAUCCUUGUUAACGAUACUGGGCCAGAAAAAGUUAAGUUAUCAUUUGAAGAAGCUUUAAAGUUAAAACCAACAACACCAGAAGAUAUGUGGAAAAUAGUGAAGGAGAUGAGUGAUGAUCAUGCUAUUGAUGUUAAACCUCUGACAUGUCGGAAAGGAUGGAAAACUAUUCGCUUAUUUGUUUCUUCAACAUUCAAAGAUUUUCAUCAAGAAAGAGAAGUCUUAGUAAAAGAGGUGUUUCCUGACCUUAGGCUUUGGUGCGAAUCAAGAAAGUUACGUCUUGUGGAAUGCGACUUAAGAUGGGGUGUUCCAAAAGAUUCUACGUCAGAAGACACAAUUAAUAUUUGUUUAAGUGAGCUAGAUCGCUGCUAUGAAGAUAACACAGCACCAUUUUUUCUUAAUUUAGCUGGUGAUCGAGCUGGUUGGAUACCAACAUUUGAUGAGUUUUCAUACAAUUUGGCAUUGCAAUAUGGAUGGGUUUAUGGAUUGACUGUCACUGAAAUGGAGAUAGUACAUGGUGCAUUCAGGAAACUUAACCCAAAUGCUUUAUUUAUGUUACGAACUGUGGAUCAUAAAGAAUAUAUACCAGAAGAUGUACAGAAAGAUUUUUUCAAUGAUGAACCUUUUUUGAAAGAAAAAUUAAAAACACUGAAAAGUGUUAUAACAGACACAUUCCCAGAAACAAAUGUGAAACACUAUACUGUAUCUUGUCAAAAACACGAUGAAAAUGGUGCGUGGUCUUUUACUGGAUUAUCAGGACCUGACUCUGCUUUUUCAAACACAAUUUAUGAUUUCUUUCAACAUCAAAUUGAAUUUCUUUACCCACUUGAUCCCAGUCCUCAAGAUCCUUUACAAAUUCAACGAGAAGCUCAUGAGACUUUUCUUGAUAGUCGAUCUUCAUGUGUUUUGGGUAGAGACAAGCUUCUAACACAAAUUGAAUAUUAUGUUAUUAAUGGAAAUUUAAAUAAAUCUUGUUCCCCUCUGCUUGUUGUUGGAAUAGCUGGUGCUGGAAAAAGUGCUUUGAUGGCUAAAAGUGCUCAGCGUGCCAUACAACUUUCUAAUAAAGGGCAAAUUCUAAACAUGAAAAGUUCAAAGAAGUGUAAUGUGUUUUUUCACUUUGUUGGUGCAACGCCACGAUCAACAGAUCUGGCUUCAUUUCUUCAAAGAUUAACUAAAGAGCUGCGACCAGAGAUGCAUGAGGUGUUGUGUGAUUUGGAUGCAUUAAUUACUCUGUCUUACAACUUGUUAGAAAAUCCCUUAACUGAUCCUGUUAUCAUAUUUAUUGAUGCUGUUAAUCAGAUGGAUGAAGAUAAACAACAAUACCUUAAUAGGUGGCUUCCUGAAAACCUUUCAGAGAAUGUAAGAGUUGUCAUAUCUACAAUUGAAGGUACAUCCAGCCAUCAAACUCUAAGAGUCUUUAAAAGCUCUCCAACUGAAAUUAUAUGUGGACCAUUAGACAGGGAAAGUCGUCAGUUGAUUGUAGAAAAUAUUCUUCGUACCUACAAUAAAAGGUUGGAUGAAGAGCAAUUAGGUAUGCUUCUUGAUAAAGUUGGAUCAGCAAAUCCUUUAUGGUUAACAUUAGCAUGUGAAGAAUUAAGAGUUUAUGGAAAGUUUGAAACUCUUAUUAAUAAAAUUCAAGAGCUUCCAGAUGACCUUAUAAGUCUAGAAGAAUCUGUAUUUGAAAGAUUUGAAAGUGAAAAUGGUGGUGCAUUAAUGAAAGCUUGUGUAUGUUUACUAGAAGUAUCACGUCACGGCUUGCUUGAAACUGAACUUUUAGCCUUGCUAGGGGAAGAAAAAAACAUUAAAGUUCCAGAUUACAAUCCAGAAAGUGAAAAAAUUAAUGAACUUAUGAGUAAUUCAAAAAAUCAAGAAGAGGCCACAGAUGCAGCACAAUUAAAUAUUAAUGCUACUAUAAAAACAAUUUCAAAACGUGUCCAAGAUACCUAUGUAAAUGAAGAUUCCCGUGAAAAUGAAGAAUCUACUGAUACAAAAGCAAAACAAAAAGAGAGAGCUAAAGGUAAACAAGUCAACUUUCUACCUGCACGCGAUUGGGCAGUUAUUUAUCGAAAUCUUAAACCACUGCUUCGUCCCUGUGGAGAUUUAGGUGAAGGGCGAUUAGACUUCUAUCAUCGUUCCUUGAGUAAAGCUGCUCGGAGAAGGUAUUUUAGUGGUGAUGAUGAAAAUAAGAAACAUAAGUAUAAUUUUUGGCAUGGUGUUCUUGCAGAUUAUUUUGAAGGAGUUUUAGAUGUUGACAGAAAAGCUGAGGAAUUACCCUACCAUUUGGAGCAACUACUUGACAAUAAUCGCCUUAUAAGAUGUCUUAUGGAUUGGGAUGUAUUUGAGCGUUUAUACUCUGAAGAGUUCAGUAUUGAUCUUUUGCAUUCUUGGUUACAGUGUGGGGGCUUUCGAAUUGCAUCUGCUGUAUACCGUGAGCAACUUGGUAUUUUAAGACAAUCAGAUAUCCCAUUGGUUGUUUAUGUAGAAAUUGUUGAAAAAGUUUAUGGUUUUUUGAUACAAGCUGGUCAAUAUUCAGAAGCACUUGAGUUGAUGGAAGAACGUUUGAAUGAUGAGCUAACUCAACUUGGAGAGCGACCUGAUGAAAUGGCAGAUAUCUAUCAAAAUAUGGCGCGAUGUAAAAGUGAGAUUGAUAAAGCUCAACAGUAUAUGCGACCAGAUCAAUUAGAUGAUAAUAAACUUAUUGUUGAGUAUGGUCGUAAAUGUCUUGCUUACCGCCAACAGUUUAAUAGUCCAGACAAUAAAUAUCGUUGUGCACUGGCAAACAUAUUGAUUUCCCAUCACCUAAGUAAUGUAGCAGAUAUCACUCAUGAAACUAAGCCAAGAGAAGAAGCAUUUGUAGCAAUAGAUGCUGCUAUUGAAGUAUUCACUGAGUUAAAUGAUAUUGGGCACAUUGCUGAGUGUUUGAUGACAAAAGCAAUUAUUGAUUUCAAUCAACCAUUCCAUAUAAGAGAAAAGUUACUAUUGCAAUCUUUGGAAUACUGUAUUAAAGGAUAUGGUGAAAAACAUUUGCUUACAACACGAAUCUAUUUAAAUACUGGAAUUGCUUAUGAGAUGGCCGGGAAUCGUACAAAAGCCUUUGAAUUGUUUAUUAAACUAAAAGAUACUUGUCUGGCAGUAUUUGGUCCUAGUCAUCCGAAAACCGUUCGUGCAAUCAACACGUUAAAUGAGCCGACCUACAAGUUAAUGGCAGAGAAUCUUGCAAGAACUGUACCGGAGACUGCCUAAUUUAUCAGAGCAAAAAUUAAAAUAAAUUAUUCAAAAGUUAUCAAUGUUAGAAUUUUAGAAGUUUAUGAUGACAUCAUAGUCACCUUGAAUUAAGUUUUAGGAUUAUAUAAUAAAGUGUUAUGUUAAUAAUCCAGAUCUGUUAUAUAUAAAUAUCUGUUUUUAAAUUAUUAGUGAAUAGUUUUUUUUUUAAAUGCAUUAUGAUUUUUCAUUGCAACUAAUUUGUUGCAAUAUGGUUUGCAAUAUUUGAUGCAAUAUGGUUUCAUUACUUAAUCCCUUCAAAUUUUAAAAGCUGCAUAAUGUUUUUUGCUACAUGAAUUUUUGCGAAUGUUCACAAAGCCAAUUUUUUGUUUUUGUUUUUAAAGCAAAUGUUGUUUUUAUGCUGUUUUUAAACCAAGUAUUGUUUUAAUGUUUUUAAACAAUUUUUAAGCAUGUAAUAUACUAGUAUCUUUAUUUUAAUUAUUUAAAAUGGUUCUGAUUAUUUAGAUUUAUCAUGUAAUUUUUUAUAAACAAUUUUGAUCGAGCAAAGUUUGGUUUUGUUCUGACGGAAUUAUCAAGUAAAACUAAAAGUUUCGAUA